AUGUUUUGACCUUUGACUUCAACUCGCUAUUUUACCUUGGUUGCGAGAUUUGGCUCUUUAUUAUUUGCACUUCUUCUGAAGUUAUUUGGAAUUACAUUCAUGCUGGACAAAUCGAACAAUUCCUACAACCCAGGGCAACAAACAACAUGUGGAUCCCUGUGUACGUUUACAGAUUGUUCCGACUUGCUCCGACAAGGGUUUACUGCUAAUGGUGUUUACACCAUCAGGCCAUCGACUCUCUGGCGACCACUUCAAGUCUACUGCGAUCAAACGACUGCUGGAGGGGGGUGGACUGUGAUUCAACGGCGGCAAGACGGUUCAGAAAACUUCACCAGGCCCUGGAUCGAUUAUGCUUAUGGAUUUGGGUCCCUGAAUGGUGAAUUUUGGCUGGGGAAUGAGUUCAUACACCGUCUUACUUCAACCGUACCCAAUAAGCUGAGAAUUGAGUUGCAGGAUUUUGAAAACGACUUUCGCGUUGCUCAGUACGGACGCUUCGUUGUGGGACCAGAAUCCGAUCUGUAUAGAUCAACGAUUGCAUUCUUCAGCGGGAACGUCACAGAUUCGUUAAUUCUUACGCACAACAACAUGCAGUUUUCCACUGUCGAUAACGGCCCAGGAAGCACAUGUGCACAGUCGUACAAAGGUGGAUUCUGGUACAACAAUUGUCAUGCGUCGAACAUUAACGGUUUAUAUCUUAAAGGGAAACAUGAUUCCUAUGCUGACGGUGUCAACUGGUUGGAGUUUAGGGGUUAUCAUUACUCUCUAAAAUUCACUGAAAUGAAAAUCAGACCUCAUUAAACAUUUUACAAGUGCUUAUCGCGCCACGGCACUGGAUAAUUUUCUGUCCAUUUGAUAAUUCGUUUAUAAUUCUGUAAAGACAAAUGUUCGAUAAGUGUAUUGUUGUAAUAUCUUCACUUGAAACUACUGUUAAAGGAUAGCAUUUUGCAUAUUUUGAACAUUAAUUAAGUGUAAAAAUGUAUUAGAGGAACAUUAAGCUUCAAUAAAAUCCUUACCUUCCAAAAAACCUAC